GCAUUAACUAGAUAGUUAUGAUAAUAAAGAUAAAAACUGCAUAAGCAGACUUAGUAUAAAUAGUGGUAAGCUUGUGCUGUCGAGUUAGUCAAUAGUCGCAGUCUAAGACGGCAAGAUGGCGCUUCAUCUGCUCGUGGCUCUGGUUCUCCUUGCAGGGACCGCCCACAAUUCCUUUUCCCCCGAAAAGUCCCUGAUAGACAUCAAUUGGGAUGAUAUUCUUGCUGCCAUACCUGGCCUUGUUGCCAGCAUCCAAGAAAUCAUUGCAGGAAUCGAAUUGGCCAAUAUUCUAGAAGCGAUACAGAACAUUAUAAGCAAUAUUCCUGGAAUUAUCGGAAACCUUCCUGGUAUCAUCGAAAAUCUUCCCGGCAACCUCCCUGAAAUUAUUGGGAACCUGCCUGACAUCAUCGGUAGCUUGCCCGACGUCAUUGGAAACCUUCCCGAAAUCAUUGAAAACAUUAACUGGGAUGCUAUCCUAGACCACUUGCCCAACAUCGACUGGCCUUCUGUAGUCGAAAACUUACCUGACAUCAUUGCCAACCUUCCCGAAAUUAUUGGCAAUCUCCCCGACAUCAUUGAAAACCUUCCUGAUAUCGACUGGCCCGCAAUCAUCGACCUCCUCCCCGAUAUCGACCGUGACCCUGGUGUAAUUAGCCACAUCAGACAACACCCCAGUCUUGUCCAGAUUGAAGUUGGUUACAGCAGCAUCUGGCUUAUGGGCUGCACUGGUAGCAUCUUGAACACUGGUUACGUCCUAACUGCUGCUCGCUGCGUCUCUGGCCGCUUGUACGACCCCCGUAUACGCCGUGUCAGGGCUGGCGCCAACAGCCGCGGUGGUGACGGAGCUGUCUUUCCCGUUAACUUUGCCAUUGCCCACCCUAGCUUCGGUGGCAAUGGUUUCGACGGUGACAUUGCUCUUGUCAGAAUCUUCGGCGUCUUCCAAUACGGUCCGAACAUCCAACGCGUUGGUAUUACCAGCCAGGGUGUCUUCUUCCCUGCUGGUGUCCGCGUGCUCAACGCAGGAUGGGGAUCCACUGCUCAAGGCAAGACCAUCUCCAACCGCGAACUGCACAACGCCGACCUUCACGUGGUGGAUAACCACCAGUGCAGAAACAAGUACGCUGAUUUCCCCAUUCCGAUUACCGUCACCCACAACAUGAUUUGCGCCGGCCGCGCGCGCUCUGGAGGCCGUAUGGCUGACCUGAGGGACGCUGGAGGUCCUCUCUACUACGACGGCACAUUGGUCGGAGUGCUGAGCUUCGGUCGCUACUUCCUCCGUGACGAAUACCCCGUCGUCGCCACCUCUGUCAGUUCCUACACGAACUGGAUUGUCAGCAAUGCCGUCUAAUUGUACUAAAUGUCUUAUCUAAAGAAAUUUAUUUAAUAAAUUA